CAAAAAAAAAAAAAAACUUUUCCAUGAUAUUCUAAUUUAUUGAGAUGCACAUGUAGUAUAUCAUGUCAGCAACCCAAAAUCACCUUGUUGAACUUUUUUUAAACCUUGCGCACUGCUAAUUCAGCGCAGUCCUAAGAUUUUUUGAGAUACGUUUUAAAGAAAUGGCAUAACCACGUAUAAAGCAGCGCCUAAUCAGUUUGCCAUGCAAAUUUUAUUGGGAGAACACUAAUAAAGUUGGGAACCUGAUACCGCUCUGUAGCAUCCAGUAGAAAGCUGCGCGCGCUCUGCGGGGCGGGAGCUCGAGCGAACUUGCAACAUUGUCACAUUUCACUGCCAUCAUUCUGUCAAGAAACUUUAAAAACGUUUUUAGUUGAACUUAUUUUAAAUACUUGAAUAAGGUGGAUGCUGACUCCGGUUGGGUGAUUUGAAAUGAAGUGCGUCCUUGGAUGUUACGUGCACUUCUGUGCAGGGGUUAUUAUUAGUCUUAUUACCUUUCCUUUGGCUCAUGGGACCCCGUCGAGGUAUAGUCUGUUCCAGGGCAGUCCUUAUUCCAGCUCUGUUUCGAGACAACGAAACAAAAACUGGUGUGCAUUUGUAGUGCACAAGAACGUGACAUGCGCUGUGCUUGCGGGAAACGAAAACGUCAUGGAGCCGCAGCUCCUGCCCUGUCCGCCUCAUCAUCCUGACUGCACACAACGGGUGAUGUAUCAUACUCACCUGAGGCCCAUGUACAAAAUAGGCUACAAACAAGUGACUGAACUGGAAUGGAGGUGUUGCCCAGGCUACCAAGGUCAUGACUGUACAGAGGUGAAAGUUACCCCACAGAAACCCAAUGUUGUUGAGGAACCACGUCCAGAUGCCCCUUCCACCAACAGUCAACAACAGAGUAUACUGGGACCAGAAGUGUUCUCCGAGACACAUCCAUGGUCUCAACCCGGGCAGAAAGGGGAUCGCAACAUUCAACAGGUAGAUUAUGGAGAUCGCCAACAUGAGAGUUACCGAGUUCAGGUAUUAGAAGAAGAAGUGGAGCGUCUUACUCAAACAGUACUCGACCUGCAAGCCGUGACUUCAGCUAAUGCAAACUUACGGUUAGAUAUCCAGGAAGAUGUUACCAAAUUCAUUCUAAACACAUUGGGGAAUUUGCAACAGCCACAGGAUGUCAAGACGGGUGGAAUUGAGACCAUUGUGUUCCCAUCAGACCUCCGUUUAUCAUCAGGUGCUGAUGAACUGCAAAACCACAUUACCCAGCUCUCCAACACGAUCAGUUCCAAUACUAAUAGCAUCCAAGAUCUGCAGAACAGGAUCCAGAACAUCGAUGGACAGAUGCAUCGACUAACAGAAUUGACCAAUACUGGACCACUUCAACCCUCCUCAACCACUGCAACCAACGAGUGUCCAUGUCAGACAUACAUCGAUGAGAAGCUUUCUGCCCUUCGUGAGGAGCUUCUUCAAGGAAUAGACAUUAAAUUAGCAGACAUGAAGAAUGCAUGUGAAUACAAAGUACUGUCUGUUCAGGAGCAGUGUGAGGAACAAGAAACCUCUUACUUGAGUUUGGCUGAGCUCCUUGACUCUAAAGAGGCUGAACUCCGCAAAGAGAUCCAAGACUUGCGUCUCCAACUUCCCAUUGGAAAAGCCCCGGGGCUGGACAGCGAUGAGGUCCAGAAGCUCAAGGACACCCAGCAGAUACUGAAAGAUGCCAUUAGGCAGCAGAAUGCCACCCUUGCACAGAUUGAUGCACAAGGGCAUAUUCUGGAGGCAAGAGUUAGUCUUGCAGAAAAGAGUGCAGAGGUACACUGCCUCAAUCUUGAGGAGAAACUAAGAAGGGAAACACUUAAGGAAAAGGAAGAUCAAAGCAUAGCCUUGGAGGAGAAAAUCAAUGCUGUUCAACAUGAAAACAGCACUUCACAGCUACUGACCACAUUCUUAGGUCAUGAUCAGCGCCUAGAUGUCUUGGAGAAACAUACACAGCAACUGCAGGAAAUUAUACUGAAACGGGUGGAAAAUUUGGAAGCUGAUUUUGGGAAAAGCCAAGAGCAAGUGAAGACAAUGAAUGGCUUGCUUAAUGGUCUUGAUGGACGGGUGGCUAGCAUUGAAGGCAUUUGCGGUCGGUUUGAGCCAAUGUCCGACAGUCUCAAACGAAUUAAAGAGGGACUGAACAAACACGUUAACGGCUUGUGGACUUGUGUCCGUCAACUGAACAACACAGUUCUCACACAUACAAGAGACAUUAACGUGUUUAAAGCAAAUUCACACCUUUCAAAAGACGGACAGGAUGGGAUCACUAAUGCACCUACAGGUGUUCUUGAAGGUACAACGGCUGUAAAAGUUUCCAUAGAGGGAGGUCAACCACUCCCAUCACUGUCUGCCACGGCGUCUGCAGCAGGGCCUCGAGUGACCAAAAUCUCAUCUCACACCCCUCAGGGGAUCAAUGGGAGCGGGACAUCCAUUACCGGCUAUGCAGGAGCACCAGGUUAUCCUCUGACUCCUGCUGCUGCCCUCAGUCCUGAUUCUGUUUCUGCACAGAUUCCACUGAAGACAAUUCAAAUGGCUGCAGGAGAAGGGCGAGUAAUGACCUAUGUGUCAUUUUCGGCUGGUCUGACACUUGUGCCAUUCCCUGGAGAAAUCGGUAUCAUCCGAUUCAACAAUGUUCUGUUAAAUGAUGGAAGACACUACGAUCCACAAACAGGUGUGUUCACUGCGCCCAUGGACGGACGGUACCUUCUCAGCGCUGUCUUAACUGCUCAAGCUGGAGAAAGAGUCGAGGCCUUUCUCUCAGUAGCCAAUCGCAACAUCCAGAAGCUUUACACUGCUGGGACGGGGAGCAGAGGCUCUGAGGACUGUGUCUGUGGUGGAUCAGUCUCUGCAAGUCUAGCUCUUCAUUUGAAGCGGGGGCAGAGGACAGGACUUGUGCUUACAUCAGGGAAGCUGGCGAUUUCUGCAUCCAGUGAAAUUCUGUCUUCAUUCAGUGGAUUCCUGCUUUACCCAACAGUAGCCAAGCGAUAGCUGACAGCCAACGGCAAACAUUAAGGUUAGGGUUGAUUUCAGUUCUUGUAAUAAGCUGCUCAAAGAUAAUCUGGUUACUCUAUACUUGAAGCCUUUACGUUAAUGCAUUAUACAAGAAUCCAUAAUGUACGUUGCAGUGCAUUAUAUAUUUUCAUAAAUAAUUGUAAACAAAGUUAUAAUGCAUUAAUAUUUGUAGAUUCCUUUUUACACAUGAAAUUGGUUAUUCAUCAUGUUUUAAUGCAUUAUACUUUCUAAAUGAAGCAUUAUAAUGUUUUUUAACUUUGGUUGCAAUUACAUUGAGAUCAUUAUAAUGUGCAGUACAAGGCGUAAUUAAUGCAUUAAGAAUACUUUUAUAAAGCAUUAUAUACAGGCUUCAAGUGUUACAGAGAAUUGUUUGACACGAAAAAGCAGAGGAACAAAAUGAGGAUCCAUUUAAAAACAAAAACUGACUACAACAGUUAAAAGCUUCAUAUUCAUUGUUAAUUGAAAAACAAACAGUAGUGAUUUUGCAAGGGAGUUCAUCUGGUAGGGUGAUAGGAAAUCUAUUGAGCUGAUUUUAUAGAGGUCACCAAUUAGUGCACCACAAAUCCAACCAAGAUUUCUUCCAAUUGGACCGUGAAUCUUUUCUCUUAGAAAUUAAUAUAAGUAUGGCAUUUUUAUUUUACACACUGAACAACCAUCUUUGAAGCAUGUUUAAAUGAUUAAAAUAAUGAUAAAGCUGUGUUUUUGAUUUUCACAAAAUGAUUUACUGUCUCACUGUAAAAGAAUUGUUGGUUUAACUUAAAAAAGGAAGUUACCUGGUUGCCUUAAAAUUUUGAGUUCAUUGAAAUAAAAAAUUUGAGUUAAUGCAAUGAAGGCGAUUGGCUUAAUCAACAGAAACUCAAAAUAUUACGUUAUCUGAACCACAUGAAUUAUCCUAAGUUGAUUUGACAAGAAAAAAUGUUGUGAUAACAAAUCAUGAAAAUAGUUUUUACAGUGGGUGGAAUCAAGCUUAGAUCCAGAUGUGCAACACAGUCCACUAAUUAGGGGCUUAUGUUGUAAAAGGUCAGUGCAAAAUGUGUUAAUGCCAGAAAAAAAAAAAUCUGCAAUUUUUUUUGAUAAAUUUAGGAAAACUGCACAAAGAUAUGUAAUUAUAUAUAUUUAGUUUAUUGUAGCAACCUUGCCCCACAACAGCUCAAUGUUUUUCAUUAAACAUACACAUGACUUCAACAGUAACAUUAUUCACCACUUUUCAAUAACAUCACCAGGCUUAAAAAGAAUCUGUCUCACCCAAUGACUGAAUUUUAAACUUUCUCAUAACUCACUGUUGUUAGCUUUUGCCCAAAUCCACACCCUUUACACCCACAGUUUUUAAUCCAAGACAUUCAGUUCCAAGAAGAUAAUUUAUCUACAUUUAAACCUUUUUUUUUGUAAUGUAUAAAGACAUUUUUUUUUAUGGAAGAUGUUUUUGUGUGAAAAACAUGUUGGAUAUUUUAUCAAUGGCACAAUCAUUUAUGAUUGAAAUGUGUGCAAAAUACCUACUGUUAUCAUCAAAAUCACUGCUCCAUAUGUUAUUUUUAUUUAGAUCAACUGUAAUAUUUUGUAAACUACCUGAAUAUGUGUAUCUUAUCUAACAAUUUAUGGAAGUGUUAUUUUAAAUGUCAAGUUCACUGUCAUUUCAUGUACAGGAUCAUUAUUGCUACAAUCUUCAUAUCUGUUGUGCAGAAUUUCUAGAGAAACAGAUACAGUAUAAAAAUCAGGACCAGAAUGUCAGAACUGUUGGUUUUCAUCUGCAGAAGUAUAUGUGCAAAUAAAUGGCUG